AUGCUUGGAGGCACGAACUCGACGUGGCUUUCGCCGGGCAAGCACCCGGUCUCUGCGCUGUUUGAGUUUGCGCAGGCCGUUGGGGCGCGAGGCGACGGCGGCGGCGCCCGACGCGAAGUUGGCGCGGGCCGGGGCGGCGCACGCCCUGCUGCGCAUGCUGUGUCCCCGGCCGCUUCCGCCUGCUGCGUGCGGCGCGAGCUCUCUAUGCGCGGACGCGCCGCGCUAAACGCGCCGGCGCGGCCGAUCAUCUGCGGCGGACCGGGCGCGAUCGUGGCCGCCACCGCCGUCGCCGCCGCAGCGAGCGUGCUUUCUCCUCGGGCGACACCGGCCCCGCCGGAGGAGCUGGAGGACGGAGAGCUUCCGGAGUGA